GCCUUCCCGUCCCCUGCUGCGUUUGCCGUCGCGUCGCCUGCCGUGCGGAGCCGAGCCGUACGUAGGCCGUGAGCCGACGAGGGCGGAAAAGGGGAAGGCAAACUACGCAAGGGAAACCCCAACCGAAGCAACAAUUAAAAAGAGGGAAGGUGGCCGUGGUGGCCUCGCUGGGAUUGGGGGAUCAGAGGAAGCAAGGAGAUCGAGAGACGCACCCAAUCUCCCAAUCGCCUCCUCCUCCUCCUCCUCCUCCUCCUCUCUCCGUCGCCGAAGAUUUGCCUUGCCUCCGUCUCUCUCUUUCUCUCCCGAUGGACCAGCUCGUCAAUUUCAUCAUCCGCCCGCCCAGAGCUGAGUACAGUCCAAAUGAUGAUCUAUUGGAGCAGGAAUUCAUGUUGAAAGGAAGAUGGUUUCAGAGGAAGGAUUUGGAGGUUGUAAAUGGCCAGGGCAAGAAAUUGCAAUGUAGCCACUACAUGCCUGUUGUGAUUCCUGAAGGAAAAGCUCUUCCUUGUGUUAUAUACUGUCAUGGAAACAGUGGAUGCAGAGCCGAUGCUAGUGAAGCCGCAAUUAUUCUUCUACCAUCAAAUAUUACAGUCUUUACACUGGACUUUUCAGGGUCUGGACUCUCUGAAGGAGAACAUGUUACAUUAGGCUGGAAUGAAAGAGAAGAUCUGAAAGCUGUUGUCAAUCAUUUGCGGACAGAUGGGAACAUAUCUUGUAUUGGUCUGUGGGGCCGCUCAAUGGGUGCAGUAACAAGUCUGAUGUAUGGAGCAGAGGAUCCAUCAAUUGCUGGAAUGGUUCUUGACAGUCCAUUUUCUAACCUGGUUGACUUGAUGAUGGAACUAGUGGAUACAUAUAAAUAUCCACUACCAAAAUUCACGGUGAAACUAGCAAUACAACAUAUGCGAAAGGUUGUCAAGAGAAAAGCCAGCUUUGACAUCAUGGAACUUGAUACCAUUCAGGUAGCAAAGCGGUGCUUUGUUCCUGCUUUGUUUGGACAUGCGACUGAAGAUGAUUUUAUACUGCCCCAUCAUUCAGACAAAAUCUAUGAAUCCUAUGUUGGAGACAAAAACAUUAUUAAAUUCGAUGGGGAUCACAAUUCACCCCGUCCACAAUUUUACUUUGAUUCCAUAACAAUAUUUUUCCAUAAUGUGCUAAACCCUCCUGAUGUUCCUGAUGACCAUUAUUUCCUGACACCUCAUGGAAGCCUUGGUCAGGGUCAUUGGGAUACAGAACAUGACAUAGAGUAUAGGUUCGCUCAAUCACCAACAGCCCGCACAGCUACCACAGAAGAUGCCAUUGCGCAGUUACGUUCUAGAAGGCUCAUGAGUAGAAUGGAGGUCCCAACUGGUGCCACUGCAGAAGACAGGGCUGACAGAAAUGAGGUAAUGGACAGUGAUAAUGGUCCUUCCUCUUCUAGUGUAUCUACUGCAACUCCUCCUAAUGGCCGCAAUGGAAGGCUCCUGACUCCAACCUCUGAUGAUGGCGAGUAUGUGGAGUACUCAUUUGAUAGUCUAUCAGAUAUGCCCUACACUGAGGAAGAUGAGGAUAGAAUGCUAAUGCAAGCAAUUAUGGAGUCCUUGAAGGAUCUUGAACUGUCAAAUACAAAAGCUGCGCAAUCUGCCGCAUCUGAUGCUGCAUCCAAAGAAAAUAAAGAAAAUGGUUGCAAUGGUGCAACCGUGACAGUAUUGGAGCCAGAUGCAUCUUCCACCUCGGCGCGUCCCACUCCCACAGAUGCUCCUGGCAAGGAUGUAACAACCUGCAGUACUAAAGCAAAGUCACCUGAAGUGCAAAGUGCAAGCAACCACACCACAAACAACGCCGCUUCUGUGAACACCUCUAGUUCCUUAGAGUCCAAUGCAUCAACCCAUGUUACGAACGGAAAAUCCACCUCGUCGGAAUCUCAGAAACCAACACAGAACGCCAAUGGGGAGGAUGGUACAAGAGCAACCCUGGUGGUACAGAAGAGCCGGACAGGCAGCCUAAUGGAUGGACUGACGCACAAAUGGGGUUCCUUGUUCAAGAACAAUGACUAAGACAAGCAAAAGAUAUACGAUGACGCCCGUUGACGAUUUAUGUUAUUGUGUGUUAAUAUAGCCAUAGAGCUGCCGCCUCUGGCCGCACAUGUCCAGCUUGAUUGGUUUAAUUUACGUGUAAAAUGAGAAAGGAAAAAGGGAUAUACUGUACAAGUGGUGUAUAUAUACAGCUAGGAUGGUAGUGAUCCCAUUGAUUGUGUACCAUGUGUCUCUCACUCAGCACUGCGUUGCAUUUGGUGAAUUGGCAGGCUUUUGUUACUUGCAAAUAUGGUGUGAAGUGGGUGUGCGUGUGCCAACUCGUUGUUUCUUGCAGCUGUAAAUUUUUGACGGAAUGAUCAUUUUUUGCUCCAGCUGUGACAAUUUGGGCCAUUACGUUUACACCUAUAUAAAAGACUGGAGCCAAAA